AUGCGGGGCGUGGUGGUGGUGGUGGCGGCGCUGCUGCUGGGGGCGGCGGCGGCGCGGCACCGGGACGCGGCGACGGCGGCGGGCGCCGUGCGGGGGUACCGCGCCCCCGGCGCCCCGCACCACUACGCCUACCUCGGCGUGCCCUACGCCCGCCCGCCCGCGGCCCACCGCCGCUUCGAGGCGCCGGAGCCGGUGGCGUCGUGGAGCGGGCUGUUCGAGGCGACGCACCGCGUGCGCUGCCGACAGCCGGGCGGCGGCGGCGACAACUGCCUGGUGGUGAACGUGUUCACGCCGGCGCGGGCGCGCGCGCUGCCGGUGCUCGUGCACGUGCACGGCGGGGGUUUCCUGAAGGGCUGGGGAUUUCAUGACGCUCCGUCACGACUCAUACGUCAAGCUAUUGUAGUGGUAUCGUUCAACUAUCGUCUGGGCGCCUUCGGUUUCCUUUGCCUGGGCACCAGGAGUAUUCCGGGCAACGUCGGCCUGAAGGACCAGGUGGCGGCGUUACAGUGGGUAAAGCGAAACAUCGCAAGUUUCGGGGGCGACCCGUCGGAGGUGACGGUGUACGGCACGGGGUCCGGCGCCGCGUGCGUCGAGCUACUGGUGCUCGCCGGCGCCGCUGGAAACCUUUUCAAAAGAGCUAUAUUAGAGAACGGCUCCGCUCUUUCCCCGUCGACCAUGUCGCGUGACCCUCUGACGGCCGCGUACGACUCGGCACGGGCUCUCGGUUACGGCUGCGACCGCAUAAGGAAGGAGCUAGAAAAAUUCUACUCGAACCUUUCACCGGGUCAGCUGUCGAACUUGUCGAGGAUAUUCGUUCCUUGCGUUGAAAGAGUUUCGAGCCGGAGUCUGUUACACGAGGAUCCGUGGGAAGUUGUCAAAGAGGGUAAAUUCCAUCAUGUAUCGAUGAUGAUGGUGUACGGGAUGGCGGAGGAGACGGCGUUGAUCGUGGAGGAGGAGGGCGUGUACAAACCACCGGAGGAUUUCAGUGACUUGAUUCCCCACAACAUUGAAGUUGACUCAACGGAUCACAGAGAUGUGAUCACUAAGUUUAUUAAAGAGUUUUAUUUUGAAGAAAACACCAUGAACAGUAAUUCAGUUGAAUCCUACGUUGAUUAUGUAAAUGACAUAUUUCUACGAUAUCCUCUGGUGAAGUCAGCCGUGCACCAUGCGUUCGGAAGCAACUUGACAAUAUAUUUAAUGAACUUUUCGUUCAAGAGCAGAGGCCCAAACUUGAGUACAAACAAAAAAAAAGGAACUCAAUAUCAGAGUGUUUUACAUUUUCUGUCAAAGGAUACAUUGGAUGAAGAUGAGUCUGUUGCUGUAGCAUUAACAACCUUAUGGAGUAACUUUAUUAAAUUAGGUGACCCAACUCCGUUAACCACAUCGGAGACACCAGUCAUCUGGCAGCCUGUGCUCCCACUGACACUGAACGGCGCCCCGCUCUUACGAGACACAAGGUGUCUCAAAUUCAGUGGAAAUAUGAUCAACACAAAGCUCAACUGCCCGCAACUUCUCUUCUGGGACCGAGUUUACAAUCAUUUCUAUACAAUUAACCAUGAAUGACUUUAUAACACAUAACAAAGAUUGUACAAUUGUUCAUUUCCCCAAAAGAAAUAGGUCAUGCU